AUGAACUGUUUUUUAGGUGCUGUUUACGCUUCUCUUCCGCGGACCACUAGAGGACUUCCGCUUGUUAUAAACGCCAGUCCAGAUGGCACGAAAAUUGUUUAUUGCAACGGGAAUUCAGUUUUCAUUAGGGAUAUUCAGGAUGCUAGCAAAUGUGAGAUAUACACGGAGCAUGCUGUAUUGACUACUGUGGCUAAGUAUGCUCCCUCAGGGUAUUAUGUUGCUUCUGGUGAUCAAAGCGGGAAGGUCCGUAUUUGGGAUGCUACACAGCCAACGCACAUCCUUAAGGCUGAAUACCCUGUCAUUUCUGGCCCAAUUCGUGAUGUUGCUUGGUCAGAAGAUAGUAAACGAGUCGCCGUUGUUGGAGAGGGUCGAGAACGGUUUGGGCACGUUUUUCUUUUCGAUACUGGCACUUCAAAUGGUAACCUGUCUGGUCAGAGUCGGCCAAUGACUAGUAUUGAUUUUCGGCACGCUAGACCUUACCGAAUUGUCAGUGGUUCUGAAGACAAUACCGUUGGAUUCUUUGAAGGGCCUCCCUUCAAAUUCAAAACCGUGUUUCGUGAACAUGGAAGAUUUGUUCACUGCGUACGGUAUGAGCCUAAAGGAUCGAUGUUUGCUAGUGCGGGAGCUGAUGGAAAGGUAGUUUUAUAUGAGGGUGCGGAAGGAACGAAAAUAGGUGAGCUUGUCGAUUCAUCCUGUAAAGGAAGUGUUGCCCAUUCUGGUGGCGUAUUUGGACUUUGUUGGUCUCCUGAAGGUGACCGCAUUGCUACUGCUUCUGGAGAUAAAUCAGUAAAAGUGUGGAAUGUUUCUAGUAAGGAAUUGAUGAAGACAUUUAAGUUUGGAAAUGCAUUAGAGGACCAACAACUUUCAGUUGUUUGGGCAAAAUCACAGCUGUUCUCAAUUAGUUUAGCUGGCUUCAUUUAUUACCUAGAUGUCGGCAAAGGAUCUAUCACAAAAAUCAUAAAAGGACAUUUUAAACCAAUAACUGCUUUCGCUCUUUCUGAGGACAGAUCUACCAUCUUUACAGCUGAUUUUGAAGGGAACAUAACUCGAUGGUCUCUACCAUCGGGUGAGAAUGAACGGAUUACACCAAACGUCCACAAGUCUCAGGUUUCUGGAAUGAACCUCACAGCUAGUGGAUCUCUAAUAUCGGUUGGCUGGGAUGAUACUAUUGCUUUUACUGGAGGAGCCCUUAAUGCAAUCGACGGAGUCCGGCCGAACGUUACGAAACUUAACUCUCAGCCUAAAGGAGUAACUUCAUCAAGUGAUGGCGGAAUCGUUAUCGUUGCCUGUAAUAGUGGUAUUGACGUAUUUAUAAAUCAGAAGGAAGCGGCUUUGCACAAAACGUCUUAUGAAGCAACAUGUGUUUCAUUAUGUGCUGACAAGAAGUACGUUGUUGUAGGUGGUCAGGAUUGUAAAGUGCAUGUGUACGAGUUGUCAGGAAAUAACUUGAAGGAAAUCAAGGUGCUUCCCCACGCAAGUGCAAUAACCUCGGUGGCUUUUAGUCCAAAUGGGAAAUAUUUUGUAGCAACUGAUACUGCUAGAAAAGUGGUCCCGUAUGCAAUCGCAGACUUCAAAGUAUUGACCAAAAAAGAUUGGACAUUCCAUACAGCUCGUGUGAACUGUGCCGCAUGGUCACAAAAUAGCCGAUACAUUGCGACGGGAGGUUUGGAUACCAAUAUUAUUGUUUGGGACUUGCAGAACAGUGAGGAACAUCCAAUUAUUAUAAAAGGUGCUCAUCCUAUGAGUACCGUGAACGGGAUUGGUUGGUUGACCUCUAAUAAGAUAAUUAGUAUAGGUCAAGAUUCGGUACUUAAAACGUGGACUCUCAAACUUUGA